GAUUUGCUAAAAAAAUGUGUCAAUGGCUGAUUCUAGUAGAAAAGAUAAUAAUAUUAAUUUUUCCCUGACUAUUAACGAUCUAGGGUGAGUUUAUAAUCGUACUGUGCUAAAGUAUAUGCAUAAAAUAUUCGUUGUAUCGUUUCGUGUAGUUUUGCUUAAAUAGUCAAUAUUUAUGCUGUUCUAAAACUUUUAAUUAAUAACUGUUAUGUCACCCAUAAGAUGUUGGUAGUUAUAUUUUAGUCUGUACGUCUAACGUGAACUUGAAUAUCGAAAAACGAUGCUUUUUUGCAGAGAUGAAGAUUCCUUCGACGAGGGUUCCUAUGAUUCAGACUGUAGUGACUCCUCUUCUAAAGGGGAGAGUACCUCAGAGGAGAGUGGUGAUGAACCUUCUUACAAGUAUGGAGUAACCCCUCCUGCAGGAAGUAAAGGUUUCAGACAGAUUAAGAAUAAAUUAAAUAAAAUGAGCAAAAGUCUCGGGCAAAAGACCCGUGCUUCAAAUGUUCAUCUCAGUGAAUCGGAUUCCUCAUCCACCCCUGUAAAAGUAAACAAUAAAGAUAGUUUGGUAAAACAUCUAAAGAGUAAAGAUUAUUCAGACCAUCGAUUAAGGUCCUCACCAAAUUAUCCUGCAUGUCGCACAAAACUAGGAAAAUUAAAUAAAAAGUCAGUAACUUUGACUUCUGCAGAGAAAAUGAAAGAUUUAGAGGAUCGGGUUAACUUUUUCAAGUCAGCCUCUUUGAAAAUUGAUAAACUUAAUCCGAACUUACCACACGAUGUACCGGAGAGCGAUCAAGUCUCCAAUAGAUCUUGCUCCUCCCAAUCAGAAUUGAGCCAUAAGGACCAAAUUUUAUACUGUAUACAAAACUUCAAAUUUAUGAAAAGUGAAGGAAUUUUAGAAGUUGAAGAAGCGUAUGACAACUUGAUGAAGACACGAAAAGAAAGAUUGGAUGAAGUAUCAAUGAAAAUAUUAAAUUUUAAAUUUAAUGGUGAAAUUCCUAAUUCAAAACCAACAAGAUCCGAUUAUGCUAAAGAAUCUACCCUCUCGUGUCAGUCAAUAUUUCGCAGAUGUGAAGAAUUAUCCGCAAAGGAAGUACUCGUUAAAGAUGCUAUGGAUGAAAUUGAAUAUUUAUUAGAAGAAAUGAGUUCUGUGCAGGAAUUAUUCUUCUCUGAAGAAAAAUUUCAAGCUAGUUUAGAUAAGGAGAAAUAUAAAGAAGUUAGUGAGAGAAUAAAAGUUUUAUGCAUUUGGAAAAAUCUUGUUUCUCAGAUGGCUUUUGAAUUACAUAUGUUCGCUCACAAAUUGUUCGUAGAUAAGAUACCUGAUUUGAAAUGGCCAUUCCUGAAUUAUAUGCCUAAAACAAUGGCUGAACAUUCUAUUUGUCCUUUAAAGUUAAACGUGCAUGCAGAAGAGAAAGUUGAGAAUAAACAGAAAGUCGAAUUUCAUGCUGGAGAUCCAGCGGAAGAAAAAUCCGAUAAGCAUUGCCAUAUAAGACAUUCCCAAUCUAUUGCAAAUAUCAAAAGUUCCAUGUAUUCUGCUAAUGGAUCAACUUACAUAUAUAGGAUAUUCGUUGAAAGAACUUUGAGAAAGAGUGGAUUAAAGAAAGUAGAAGAUAUGGCCAAAAAUUCCAUAUUUUCCUCAGAUUCUAUACUUGCCAAAGUGAGAAUGAUUCUAUUGCCGAUAGAUAAGGCUAAAAAAGAACUUAGUCGAUAUAAACGAGAAAUUGCUAUGGAAAAUGAGAACGAAAACAGAGCGAAGGCAACCAAAACUGACAGGGAUGACAGAAAAGAUUGUAUACUACAAAUGAAUGCUCAGAAACAUAUUGAGAAGUUACACGCAAGACAAGAAUUAAUAACUUUUGGUGAACAUUCUAAACUUUGGAGAGAUAUGAAUCUACCUUCUCUAAAAGAUUUAUUUCUAUUUAGCCUUCGAGUUAUUCUUGAUGUUAUUCACGAGUGUCUUCGUUGUCGUCUUGAACAAUCAAGGGAGCAAUUCAGCCAAAAUUGUUUUGAUAAGACGACAACAUCUCUGUUGUCCAUUAAUCAGCUAAUGUGUGAAUGUGGCGAGAUAUUAAAAGCUUCGGUAACUGUCAAGAAAUUCUUUUUAAAAAUGGUCUGUGAUAUCGUUAGGAAGGUUAAUAUAGAGGAAUUUGAUUCCGAUAUGGAUAAUAUGUUAAGUGAGCAUAUAAAAUAUAUGCGAUUCUAUGUACAGAAGAUCGAACAUGAGCCUCAUCUAUCCAAAUAUCUCAUAAGAUUGGAAGGAGAGUGGAAUUUUACAAGAACAGUUUGUCCGUACGUACGUCAAGGAGACGCUAAAGCUGGAAACGGUUAUUGUGACAUGGUCAACCAUUUAUUAAGUAUUAUACAAAAUUUUUUUAUAACACGUUUGGACAAAAUAACUGGCAAUUUACAAUUUUUGGAUGAGCAGCCCUCUGAAUCAGAGAAAGAGUCCCCUAGUGGAUUUUAUGAAGAUGCUUCUAGGAUAUGUAGGGAAAUUAAGGAGGUUUUUGAUGAGACGAAAGAAAGGACAGCAAGAGUUAUGGGAUUAGCUAAAAUGUUACGAAACGACCUAGAAAUAGCUGCUCAGUACCGCGUCGUUUGUAGUGUUGAUGUUUUACUUCGUAAAUUAAAAAAAUCUAAUCAUAUGAAAAUUGAAUUGACGAUUUUUGACGAGUUUAUCGUUUUAGUACCAGAAUCAAUGACAAGUGACACAGAAUCAAUAGUUACACUUCUUAGGGCAACGAGUAGUCUAGGAAUAGUAGAUUGUGAAGAGAAUCAGGGUUAUCUGAUAAUGGUAAAGUUUGAUGAAUCAAAGACAGCUCCAAAGUGGACUGGAAAAACUAUGAGGAUCAAGGCUGAUGUCGAGACUGAAAUAUGUUGGUCGCAUUUAAAUAUUGAAGGUUUACUUAUCGUUACACACGCCCGUCAAUUAACAAACGUUCGCUGUGAAAUUGAAUCUGAGUUGGGACCAAGUUGCAUUGAAAUGAUUCUAGAUCAAGUUGCAUGUCAUAAGGCUGUAAAUGAAUCCUUAGUUGAUAUGAAAAAAGCUGGAUUAGAAUUUAGAACUUAUAUUAAAGAGUAUAUUCAGGAAAUACAAACUGCUACGGAUAAAUUUUCGAAAUGUUUUACUCUAAAGCCAAAAGUCGUUGAUACAAUGAAAAGAAUUUAUAACUUUGGCUUUGAUUUUCACACUGAUUUAUAUAGACUGAUGUCAGGGAAACAGAAAGUUGACUUAAGCGUAGAUGUUAUUGAUUUUGCGCUGGAAUGGAUGUCCUUAGCUUGCAAGAAUUUUGAAAAAGGAAGAGGAGUUAAACCAAGAUGGACAGCAAAAUUUUUUGAGUAUCUUCGAUUUGUGUCAUAUUCUGAAAUUCCGUAUCACAUUAGCGAAGAAAAGUAUCAUCUAUUUAAAGAAAAGUAUACAGAGUGCAUAAAUCAUAUAAUUGGUGAUAAAUCCAGUGGAGAAUUUGAUCACAAGACGAGAAAACGUAAAGAUAGACACUCAGUUUCAUCACGUUCUAUUUAUUCAGAUUCUAGAAAACUAUCAGACACAAGUGAUUCUUUCAUAUCUCCAGUUAGCGGUUCUUCGGAAACGAACUCUUUUGCACAUUUAUCCAGCGUCGAAACAACUUGGAGUACUGAUGAUAUUUUUGAGAGAAGGAUUAUAGCAAUAAAUAGAGUAGAAAAAGAGAGAGAGGAACAGCUCUAUAAGGAAAAGAUAAUUGGUCGCGUAACCGACGUCUGUAAUAAAACUCGCUAUGGCGUGUCUCUUAGAGAGGUGACUUUCAAUUGGCAAAGGGGAGUUAAAAUUGGCGAAGGUCGAUUUGGAAAAGUUUAUACUGCAGUUAAAUUGAAAACUGGAGAAAUGAUGGCUAUGAAAGAGAUCACUGUUAAACCUAAUGAUCAUCAGUUUGUAAUGGAUGUUGCGGACGAACUUAAAAACUUUGAAGGUUUAAAUCACGAAGGUAUCAUUAAAUAUUUUGGAGUAGAAAUCCAUCAUGAUCAGAUGUUGAUAUUUAUGGAAUACUGCCAAGGCGGUACCUUACAUGAAGCCGCAAAAGUUGGAUUAGAUGAAGCAACUACACGCUUUUAUACUAACAAAAUAGUGCACGCCGUUGCCUUUUUGCAUGAAAAUAAGAUAAUUCACAGGGAUAUUAAAGGUGACAAUAUCUUUCUCACAAAAUGUGGUCUUAAACUUGGCGACUUUGGAUCUGCCGUUAAAUUAAGGGAACAAAAGACAAAGGCUGACGAUAGGAGUUCGGCUAGAGGAACAACUAUUCGCUUUCAGCCUCCAGAAGUUGUAAAAAAUUCAUCUUUGGAAUUGCGUUACAGAUUUGCUGCUGACAUCUGGAGUCUUGGAUGUGUAGUUACAGAAAUGCUUACUGGCAAGUUGCCAUGGUCAGAAUUAAACAUUAUUAAUGAGUUUCAGAUGAUGUAUCAUAUUGCAACGGCAAAUCAAACUCCUAAAGUGCCUGAAAAUGCUUGCGAUGAUCUAAGAAAAUUCUUAGAACACUGCUUCGAAAUGGAUCCAGAGAAGAGAGCAACUGCAGAAGAGUUAUUGGAUGAAACUUUUAUUAAAGUUGAUUCCGAAAUAUUUAAAGAGUGA